AUGUAUGGAGACUUGGGCAACAAAUUAGUCCAGCAUGCCAAGCGGACACAGAAGCUUGAACAUCUUCCUCCGUACCAGACGGAAAUCGUACGCGCGGUAACCAGAGAAGUGCGGGACUUGGACAAGGACGUGUCAAACAUUCUCCAGCCCUUCAAUGGCUCAUUUGACCCCUCUUCCGACCCUGCAACUGCAUGCACGCUACUCGUUGACCACCUCUGUAUGCGCCGAAACAAACGAUGCCUCCUAGCCUACCACCGAACGCGUACCGACAAGCUGGAGGAAAUGGUAUGGAAUGGCAGCGACAUCAUAGACUUGGCAGGGCAACAGGGAGCUCCAAAUGAGGGACAGAACGGGGGCGCUGAACUCGGCAAUGGGGAGGGGAACAGCAGCAGCCUAAGCCCUGAAGAGGAGGAGUAUGUGAGACAGUAUAGUGAUCUACUGGCUGCAUAUAAGGGGCAAUGGACUGAUAUUGAUUUGACGGGGAGCUUGGAGCCCCCACGCGAUCUGUUUAUCGAUGUUCGUGUUCUCAAAGAUGCUGGCGAGAUACAGACUGAAUACGGCACCAUUAAUCUUACUAAAAACUCGCAAUUCUACGUUCGUCAAGGAGAUGUGGAACGUUUGAUUGCACAGGGAUAUCUGCAGAAACUU